CUAAACUUAAGAAAACCCCUACAACUAGUUUCCUCAUUGUCGAAACCACUUUCAAAUCUCUUCCUCUCAUGAUCUUUAGACUCUUUUAUUCAUCCCUCUCACCAAAGAUGAAUGACCUUUUAGCGGAUUCGUUUGAGAUCCCUCGAGGUCAAGAAUCAAGGGUUGGGGAUCUUGAGUUAGGGAAUAACCGUCUAGUGAAUCCAGAUAAGUGCUUAGACAAGUUUUUCAAGCAGAUUGAAGAGAUUGAUAAACGAAUUGAGAAGCCCACUAAGCUACUAAAAAAGCUUCAGGACGCAAAUGAAGAGUCAAAGGCUGUAACUAAAGCUGCUGCCGUAAAAGCAAUCAGGCGACAUAUGGAAAAAGGUGUAGAUGAAGUUGGAAAAAUUGCUAUAUCAGUAAAAUCAAAAAUUGAACAACUAAACAGAGAAAAUUUAACCAAUAGGCAAAAGCCGGGAUGUCAAGAAGGAACAGGUAUUGAUCGAACCAGAACUGCAAGAACAGUAGCUGCUCAAAAGAAGUUAAAGGAUAAGAUGGCUGAAUUUCAGAUUUUAAGGCAAAAUAUCAGCCGAGAGUACCGAGAGGAUGUCGAGAGAAGGGUCUUCACAGUGACGGGUUCAAGAGCUGACGAAGAGACAAUUGACCAAUUAAUUGAGACUGGAGACGGUGAGCAAAUCUUGCAGAUGUCUAUUCAGGAACACGGGCGAGGCCAGGUAAUGGACACCCUGGCAGAAAUUCAGGAACGUCAUGAGGCGGUUAGAGACGUCGAGAAGAAGCUUCUUGAGUUGCAGCAGAUUUUCAUGGACAUGGCAGUGCUGGUGGAGUCACAAGGUGACAUGCUGGACAAUAUAGAAUCACAGGUUUUCUGGAACUACUGCUCUUCAGAAAGCAAAGAAGCUUCAAAGGAAUUCUCGAAAAUGGAUUCUAUUAAAAGGCCUUGUGAAUCCAAUUUUUGGGUAAGCCUUCACCACGGUGAUUUUACUUAGUAAUGGCGCAAGCAACAUUGGCAGGGGCACCUGCAGGAACCUUGAGAAAACCAGCAGCCGAUUCAGCAGAGUGAUACGCCAGAUUGGUUUGGCACGGAUCCAAUCAACAUCUCACCAGAGCUGAUAACAUUUGAUGUUAGCUUCGACAUGUUCUGUAAUUAAGUUCUUAAGAUAAAUUGAUCUGAGAAAAUAGAACAAUGGGUAUAGCCAUAUAGGAGUAAUAUUGUUUUACUUAGUUUUCGACAUGUUCUGUAAGGUUAGAUAGAUGGUGCUUACAGACCCACAAGCUGUAGCAGAGAGAACAGAAUAGACGAAGAUUAACUCUGCCACGGCAAAACUUACAGACCCAACAAGAGCUAAUCUGAUCGAAGUUAUGUCCUUGUAAAGCUUCCUCGUUCUGACACCACAAGAAAACUUGUGCCUUGUUUUUGCAUAAAAGAAGCAAACUGAGAAUUUAAGCAACAUGUGUAUGGUAUCACUGGCAAUACUCGAAUACUUCAAUUCAUAUAUAUUGAUUCAAGUUAACUGUUAUUUGCAAGUUUAAGUUGAACUAUAUAAUUACAAGUUCAAAACAUCUAUAUAUCUAAUAAAGAACUCGACUGCCA